AUGUCAGGAAGAAGAUCACGUUCAAGACAAUCAUCAGGAACUUCAAGGAUUUCAGAAGAUCAAAUCAACGAUCUCAUUAUCAAGUUGCAGCAGCUUCUUCCUGAGCUUAGGGACAGUCGUCGCUCCGACAAGGUUUCAGCAGCGAGAGUGUUACAAGAGACGUGCAACUACAUAAGGAAUCUGCAUAGAGAAGUUGAUGAUCUAAGUGAGAGGCUAUCUGAGUUACUUGCAAACACAGACACUGCUCAAGCUGCCUUAAUCAGAAGCUUACUUACCCAAUAA